AUGUCCCUACCCACAGAUAUCGAGAUGGCUCACGAGCCAAAAGAUGUAGACAUUUCAGCAGCCGGCAGAGGAGUUUGGUUGGUCAAGGUUCCUAAAUACCUCUCAGAACAGUGGAAGAUGUGUCCAAGUGGAACAGAAGUUGCCAAACUGAAAAUUCCAAAAGCCAAAAUUCCAGGCAAGAAACCAGACAUUGUAUUGACCAGUUUUGAUUUGUCAUCAAAAAUAACGCCUACUCAGGAAGGACUGGCUGCAGCUGCUGCUGCCCCCAAACCAGUGCAGCGGGGAGGAAGUAUACGCAACCACAAAUUUAUUGUCACAAAUGUUGGAAACCAGAAUUUAGUGGUCAUGUCCCAGGCAAAAAUAGAUGGGUCUGGUAAGGAAGCUGCAACAGAAAAAAUCAGUAUUGAGGGUAAAGUUUUACACCGAGCUGAAUGCCACCCAAUUGUUGAUGCCAGCUACCAACAGUUGAAGAAAGAGCACGUUCAGGCCCAGAACACACCACAGAGACAAACUGUGUUACUAACUGGCAUCGUCAACACUUACAAACCUGUCAGUGAUCACUUUAACACUUUUGAAGAGAGAAAGGCAAAGAAAGCAGAGAAACGAUCCCGGGCUGAGAAGAGCAAGGUUAUGGAUGUGUUGUUUAAUGCAUUUGAGAAACAUCAGUUCUACAAUGUCAAAGAUCUUGUGGGUAUCACUAAGCAGCCAGUGCCAUACUUGAAGGAGAUCCUCAAUGAGAUCUGCAACUACAACAUGACAGCACCACACAAGAACAUGUGGGAACUGAAACCAGAGUUUCGUCAUUACAAAGCUCAGGAUGAUGGGACAUAG